AUGGUAGAAGUUUCGUUAACCGUAGGGAAGCUUGAUGCUUCAUUAGCGUUAUUGUUAACCAAAGAUCAUCAUUUGAUUGAAUUCCCUACAAUUCUAUUACCUAAUGGUGUUAGAGCUGGUUCAAUUGUUAAGAUCAAAUGUGAACAAGAUUUAGAAAGUGAAUAUAAAGAAGCAGAACAAUUCCAACGAAUCCAAGAUGAAAUAUUAAACACUUUUGCUACCAAUUUACCAAAACCUCCAUUUCUUAAGAUUCGUAAUGUGACUCAAACUUCUUGUGUUUUAGAAUGGGAUCAGUUGGAUUUAGGUACUUCAUCAUUAAAGAAUUUGAUUUUAUUUAAAGAUGGGAAGAAAUUAGGAUCCAUUCCACAACCGUUAACUAAUAAGACAUCUAAAUUAUCUGGAUUACCAAUAGAUCAAUCUUUUAGAUUCCAAUUACGUCUUGAUACAACUGCAGGUACUUAUCUUUCUAAUGAAAUUGUCGUUAAAACCCUCAAAAUGACGGAUUUAUCCGGGAUUACUGUUUGUUUGGGUGAUUUCACUCCAAAUGAUCAAUUCACAAGUGUGGAUAUCGAAGAAACUUUGAAAAAUAUGGGUGCUAAUUAUCCUGCUCAAACUGAAGUUAGAGUAGAUACAACUCAUUUCUUAUGUACUAGAGAAAAUAAACAAAAUCCGGAAUUUGUUAAAGCUAGUGAUAUGAAUAUUCCUAUAAUAAGACCAGAAUGGUUGAAAGCUUGUGAAAGAGAAAGGCGAAUUGUUGGGGUUAGAGAUUUUUAUGUUAAGGAUUGUGUUUUGCCAGAUAUUUUUGCCAAGAACUAUUGGCAAAAGUCCAGUAGUGCUGCACCUGUAGUAUCUCAACCAGAAACACAACAGCCAGAACAAGAAGUGCUGGCCCAAGAGGAAACAACUAGAGUCGAUGCCGAAUUGCCACCAACUCCAAAAGAAAUUGAAGAAUUGGACAAUGUACAAGAAGAGCAAGUCCACGUGGAACCCGCUACAGUCGAAUUACCACCAACUCCAAAAGAAAUCGAACAAGAAGAUGAUUUUCAAGAAGAGCAAGUAAAUUUACCAGAAGAUUCAACAGAAGUAAAUGAUGAAGGUAUAGUAGCCGUAGAACCAGAAGUGUUGGAAAUUCCGGUUGAGGCUGAGCAAAUUUCUGAAAAGGUUGAAUCUGUUCAAGAACCUAUCCCUGUAGAGAACCCUCAAGAAACACAAGAUGCCAUCGAUGAUGCUUUUGAAACAGUUGAUCUCAAUGCGGAAGAGCCUGUCGUUGAAGAAGCUCCAUUAGAAAAAUCAGAAGAUGUGCCUGUUGAAGAGACUGUUUUCGGUAAGGCAGAGACUAUACCACAAGAAGAAGUGCAAGAAGUGGUUCAGGAUGGAGUAGAAGCCGAACCUGUUACAUCUGAAGUUGUGGAUGAGGCUACCACAGAACCUGCCGUUAUUGAAGAACCACUGGUCAAGGAUGAUGAAGUUGCUACGGAAGCAACUGAGGGCGAGGCGCCUGAGGUAAACGUCGAGGAAAUUGAAGGGGAAGAAGAUGACGAUGAGAAUGAGAAUGAAGCUGAAGCUAGAGAAGAAGAACAGGAAGCGGUGGUAGAACCAGGUGCUAGCCCAUCUAAGAAGAAGAAGAAUAAGAAAAAGAAGAGCAAUAAGAAGAAGUAA